AUGGAGUAUGCAUCUGCUGAUGACUCGCCCGCAUCAUUCCCAGAUGGAGGCUUGCACGCGUGGCUUGUGGUUCUGGGCUCCUGGUGCGCUAUUCUACCAUCUUUUGGGCUCAUGAAUACCACUGGCGUAUUUGCCGACUGGCUUGCAAGCAACCAGCUAAGCGAGUACUCGCACUCAUCAGUAUCCUGGAUUUUCAGCGUGUAUAUAUUCUUCUUGUUGGUUGGCGGUGUUCAAAUUGGACCAAUAUUUGACCGGUACGGGCCGAAGCACCUGCUUAUUUUCGGCACACUUGGUCUCACGGCUGCCGUUAUGGUAUUAAGCGUCUCAAAAGAAUACUACCAAUUUAUGCUCGGCUUCGGUGUCCUUGGGGGAAUCUCCGCAUCCAUGGUCUUCACCCCGAGCGUCUCCAUUGUAAACCACUGGUUCUACACCGCUCGUGCCCUCGCCACAGGGAUCGUUGUAACGGCAGGAAGUAUCGGCGGCAUCAUCUUCCCACAGAUAUUUAACGCUCUUGCGCCUUCAGCUGGGUUCGGCUGGGCUAUUCGCACCCUUGGCUUUAUAACCCUCACUCUUUGUAGCACCGGCGCGCUCCUCCAGCGAUCACGCCUUGAACACCGCAAGACAAGCCGCUGGAUGAUUGAUCUCCGCCCCCUCUGUGAACCAGUUUUUACCCUCACUACUAUUGGAAUUAUGUUCGCUGACAUUGGCGCCACUAUCCCGCUCACCUACCUCACCUCGUAUGCGCGCGCGAAUGGCAUGACUAUAAGCCAGUCCUACACACUCAUGUCAAUCCUUAAUGGAACCUCUAUUCUUGGCCGGCUUAUCCCGGGCUAUGCAGCAGACCGUUACGGCCGUUUUAAUGCUAUGGUUGUAACAACUGCCGUCUCUGGGAUCCUCACGCUCUCACUCUGGUUGAAAGCAGGGUCGAACAGGGCCGCCAUAAUUAGCUACGCUGCGCUUUUUGGGUUCUGGAGCGGCUCAGCUAUCAGUCUUAGCCCUGUAUGUGUGGCGCAGAUUUCCGAGACUGAAGACUUUGGGAAGAGGUACGGUACAGCUUAUAUUGUUGUGGGGCUGGGCGUGCUUGUGUCGUUGCCGAUUGCUGGGGAAAUUCUUAACGCGCAAACCAAAGAUGGCGUGGAGCAUUAUCAGGGAUUGAUUGUUUUCUGCGGGUUGGCAUAUAUCGCCUCGGCAGGGCUGUUCGUUUGCGCCAGGGGACUCGGUACACGGUGGGCGGUGCGGAAGAAGUAUUAG